AACAAUGAGGGGCGUGGUUGUUCCAGUGUGACGUCAGAGGGAGUCCUCCUAAAGCGGCCGCUUUCAGUGCACAUACACACACACACACUCACUCACAGUCUCACACACUCUUCUGCUGUUCCCCCUGCACAGAGACACAUCUGAGGAGUCACCAUGGGUUGCCUGGACUGCUGUAUAAAGUGUUUAGGAGGCGUUCCGUACGCGUCUCUCCUGGCCACCAUUCUGUGUUUCUCAGGAGUUGCUCUGUUCUGUGGAUGUGGUCAUGUAGCUCUGAGCGGCACUCUCUCCAUCCUGGAGAACAACUUCUACAGGAACUUGAGUGACGCCACCAUUCUCACUGACAUGAUUUAUCUGUUACAGUAUGUGAUUUAUGGCAUCGCUUCGUUCUUCUUCCUCUACGGGAUCAUCCUGCUGGCUGAGGGUUUUUACACCACCAGUGCGGUGAAGGAGCUACACGGCGAGUUCAAGACCACCAUCUGCGGCCGCUGUAUCAGCGCCAUGUUUGUGUUCCUGACCUACGUUCUUGGAGUGGCUUGGCUCGGGGUUUUCGGGUUUUCCUCCAUUCCAGUGUUUCUGUUUUAUAACAUGUGGUCAACAUGUGUGUCCAUGAGCUCCAGCUCUCCGGCUAACUCCUCCGUGUGUGUGGACAUGCGGCAGUACGGUAUUAUUCCAUGGGACGCGUCUCCGGGCGUGGCCUGCGGUUCGGAUCUUCAGAACAUGUGUAACUCCAACGAGUUCUACCUGUCCUACCACCUGUAUAUAGUUGCAUGUGCUGGAGCCGGAGCUACGGUCAUCUCCAUGAUCCACUUCCUCAUGAUCCUCUCGGCGAAUUGGGCGUACCUAAAGGACGCAAGUCAAAUGCACACGUACCGAGACAUCAAAACCAAGGAGGAGCAGGAACUUCAGGAGCUCCAAUCAAACUCCAAACAGUGCCUCAAUUCCUACUCGUAAGGAUCCUGUUCACAACGGAGCCGAAUACCAAUCAGUAUAAACACGGCCGACAGCACAAAGCUAACUAGCACUGCUGCUAACACCUGUCUGCCUGUCUGUCUUCCUGUCUGUCUGUCUGUCUGUCUUCCUGUCUGUCUGUCUGUCUUCCUGUCUGCACUAACCAUCACGCUGGAGCUGAUGCUCUGUUUGUGUCUUGAUGCUGUUCAGUUUGUAACUGGGGGUUUUGGAGGGUUUGUGGGUUCUCGGUGAUCACAUUUAUAAUUCAAACUGUUGCACUUUUUUAAAACAGGACACAAAUUAAAAAUUUCAUUUGAUAAAUUUGUAGAAUGUCUUUGUGUGUAAAGAAGGAUUUAGUGAUUAAGUGACAACAUGACCAGCAUCAUGUCCUACAAAACCACCACACGUCCCAUUCAUCCCUCAUAUUACACAGCUCUAGAUUUAUUUUAAUCUGAAUCUUCAGUUUUCUUGUUUGGGAAUUUAUAAUAAAUAAAUUAAUUAAUUAAUAAAAAGAAAUGAAAUCACAGCGAUGUGUUAAUCACUGCUUGACUCAUUUACACACGGAAACGAAUGUAAUUAUUCUGAAAAAAAAUUAAUAUCCAUUAUUUUAUUACUCUGGUUUACAGAGACAAGCAGCAGAGAAAGAUCUCAAACAAAUUCAGUAAUAAUAAUAAUAAUAAAAAUAAUAAUAAUAAUAAAUAAAUAAAUUAAAUAAUUAAUAAAAAAUAUCUUUAAAUUCCACUUGGAAUUAAAAACAGUAGAAAAUUUUGCUCAAGUUACUAAAAUACUGAAAAAAAGGAUGUAAUGUAGUUUAUCAAAAUUAUUUGAUUAAAUUAAAUAAUGGAAACGUGCAGUUUAUUUACACACAAACUUUAAUAAUAAAUCAUUUGACAGAAAUCAUGUGAAUUUCAGAACAGUGUGAAUUUCAGUGUGAUAAAGAGAUGAGCUGAACAUUUCUCUCCGUCUGUUUUUUUAUGAAAUAAACUGAAUUACUGUACCCCUCGUUGUUAGAGGAUAUUUUUCUGUAUGUAUUUCUGUAUGAUGAUCUGCUACAGGUGAAAUUAUGCGUCAGUUUUUAGAACAAUUAGAUCAUUUCCAAUCUUUAAAUCUGCAACUUUUUCCAUUAAAAUGUUUUUCCAUUAAAAUGUUUGAUACUGAAAUGUUGUAAACUUGGGGUGUGUUUGGAUUGUAGAGUUUAUUACACUUUAGUUUAGUUUGUGUAUUGAACUGUUCAGGUUCAGGCUGAAGUGCGGGUCAUGUUCCAGAGUCGUGUUUCAGGCUGAUGCUCCUCACAGUGUAUUUUUAUAUCUUGAUGUUUAAUUAGAAGAUAAAUGUUGAGCUUUUUUACAUAUAAAACAGUUUGUAGUCAUUUGUACUGACGGAUUCAGUAGGCAGUGUUUGCCUUUUUACUCUUUUAUAACUGUUCACUUUCUACAGCUGUGUGUGUGUGUGUGUGUGUGUGUGUGUGUGUGUGUGUGUUAUUAGGAGUGAGAGUGGAGGACGAGUGUGUGGUUACAUUAGAGAUUUAAUUGUAACAUCUCUGUACCUUUAUUCCAGCUGUUCAUCACUAAACUUUAUUAACCUCAUUAGAAAAAGUGUUUUUAAUAAAAAAUCGAUGAAAAACA